CUGCUAUCUUUUUUCUCAUAAGUUUUAACCAAAACCUUCUUCUUCGGUUGUCAUCAUGAAAGCAUGGACACCCUUCGGAAGGGCCAUUCUGGUUCUUGGUGUCUUGAUGCUGCUGGCAAUGAUGGUAGCUGCACAGGACUCGGGGGACUUUGGUGACGAUGAUUCUGGGGACUUUGGCGACGAUGAUACUGGAGACUUUGAUGAUGAUGACUCCGGCGACUUUGAUGACGAUGAUUCUGGCGAUUUCGAGGAUGAUGACUCCGGGGACUUUGAUGGCGGCAGUACUUGUCCUGCCGUGCGUGAGACUGUCCAAAAUAUGUCCCCUACAGCAGGCAAACAAUAUGAUUGUGCUGCAAACAAUGGACAUCUCUAUGAAGCAUCUGAUGGUCACCACUUCUACAUCCAAUGCUGUACUGAGGUCCCAACUGGUCCUAUCUUCGGUCUCUGGGCAGAUAACUUUGGAGCAUGUAUGGAUGCCUGUGCCCAGGAGCCCUCUGGUCGAUGCAGAAGUGUUGGGUUUGACUCUAACCCCGCUCCUGGAGAUACUGAUACCUGCAUCUUCUUCGGAACGGGAGACUUCUUGACCAUUGACCAUUCGAAAUAUCACUAUGCCUUCCUUGUUGACCCUCCGACUGCCGAUCACCCGGAUGAUGAGAUCAAGCUCUGUUCAACGGAAUGUCCUGGAUCUAACAACCAGGUGUAUAACACACCUUACGGCGAGAGUUUCCGCAUGGUCUGCGGCAAACGACAUGGCACCGAGGCUGUCAUGGAACAGGUUGACUCUUGGGAACAGUGUAUGGACUACUGCGGCAAGCUUGUGCAGUGCCGUAGUGUUGACUACCAUCGCCGUACCAAACGCUGCUAUCUGGGUGAUCACGGUGGUGAGCCCACUAUUGACGCUCCAGGGUUCAGCAGUGCCUACUCUAUGGGCUGUGCUGGAGCCUGUUGUGACUAUCCAAAGCCAGAAUCUCCAGGAGUGGCAAAUUAAGUGUUCCUAUGUUGAUGGGUGGGUAAAUGGGGGCUCCAGGCAUGAUUUGCCUACAGCCAGCAGUAUGGAAGAGUGUAUCCAGCACUGUCAAAACCACGCCCCUUGUGUAUGGUCUGAGUUCCGCCCAAGUGAUGGUCUCUGUGGCGGAUACACAAAGGAUUAUUCCCAGGCGCAGAUCAUCACUGACAAUGUAGCCCAAGGACAUUUCAACUUGAUCCCUGCCUGAUGACCAAAUUUCAUGAUGCUCAAUCGGGAAUUUGUGAAGCAGUCAGCAUUUAGUGGGUGUCGUUGAAUCUCCAUCUUCUAUUUCCUUUUUAGCUUAUCA